CAUCAUCAUCAUUCCAUCUCCCAACAUCCAUCGACAUCGUGUCUGUACCUCUUGGGACUUACAUAUAUCUAUACAGCGUAGAUAGGAUAAGUGGAUCACACUGUAGCUGUAGAGCAAAGACUCACCAAAAAGAGGGUCUCAUUUCUGAUCCGCAUUCGGUCAUCGGGCAUUAGGAAAAUCCGGUACUUUCGUUCAGCAUUCCAUCAGACUUCCAAUCGUCUUUGUAACGUGCAACACUGGGCGAUCGCGAGAGACACCUCCAUCAUCCCUUCUAGACAGCUUGGCUUGAUCGUUUUCGCGUUUAGCUCCUGCCUUCUAGACGAAAGCACGAUUCGACAAUGAGUCAUUCGGGAGCUCGACAGGACUCGACGGAUUUGGCCGAUAACCCCGCGGGGACACCGUCUGGAACUCAACUCUCUCCUACGCCUACCGUCUAUCCACCCGCCUCAAACUCAUACAUGACCUCCAUACCACCUGCUACGUCUGACAGCGCGUCGACCGAGGUUGACGACCCCGUCGGCGAAAAGCGAGAUUACCUAGAUGAGAAGAUUGAUUUCAAGGGCAAAGGCCUUCGUUACAAGGAUGAUCGGUUCGAAGAUCGAGGUAUUCUCGAAGUGGAGGACGAGAAGAAUCAAAAGAAAAAGGUUCGAGUCGUCAUGGAGCAGAAGAGUGGAAGGGAAUUGAUCGCCGAAGUCGAAGAGAAUGGAAAUUACACCGUACCAAGAUGGCGUCAUUCGCUACCUUUUGUGAACCCCAAAUUCCCUCCACCUCCCGCUCCUUUAUCUCUGGAUGACCCCGCAGUCACACCUGAAGCCUCUGCAUCCUUCUUCUCCCUCUGGUUCUUCAAUUGGAUCUCUCCGAUGAUGGCAUUGGGAUCAGCGAGGACAUUGCAAGCGACAGACCUCUGGAAGAUGGACGACGCGCGUUCAGCUGCAGUUCUCUCGGAGAAGUUUGUCGGACAUCUCCAGGAUCGACAGGUACGCGCCGCAGAAUACAACCGUCUUCUAGCAGAUCCGAAGACACCUCUUCCACUUCGACAGAGAAUUUAUUUCUCCCUCUUGCCCAACCGAAAGGAGAGAGAACACGAGUACAGGACAAAAACUGGCAAACGAACCGCCAGUAUCGGAUGGGCUCUGAGUGACACGUUUGGCGCGUACUUUUGGGCUGGAGGUCUGCUCAAGAUGAUGGCAGAUUUAUCCCAAUCUACCACGCCGCUAACCCUUCGAGCGAUCAUCAAUUGGUCAACAAAGUACGAUCAUAAGAGGAAACACGGAGGUCCGGGACCAGGUAUCGGGCUCGGUAUCGGAUUGGCCUUUGUCAUUCUCGCUCAAUUGCUCAUAUCCUCGUGGGGUAUUCACCACUUCUUCGUCCGCGGCAUGUCCACUGGAGUCCAGCUUCGAUCCGCCAUCAUCUCCGCGGUGUAUCGCAGAUCUCUCAGACUCACUCAAAAGUCUCGGGGCGAGAUCCCCAACGGAAAGAUCAUCAACCACAUCUCGACCGACACAUCUCGUAUCGAUUUCGCAGCUGGGUUUUUCCACAUGGCUUGGACAGCUCCGGUCCAGUUCGUCGUCAUCUCGGUCAUUCUUCUCAUCGAAAUCGGAUACGCCGCCUUGCCCGGUAUUGGAUUCUUGCUCAUCGGUUUGCCACUGCAAACCUACGCCAUGAAGUCGCUCUUCAGUCUCAGGAAAGCCUCCAUGAUGUGGACUGAUAAGCGAGCCAAGUUACUCCAGGAGAUUCUCGGUGGUAUGCGAAUCGUCAAGUUUAUGGCUUGGGAAGUUCCCUUCCUGGACCGUUUGGGCAAGAUCCGAGGCAUGGAAUUGCGAUAUGUCAGACGACUGCUUCGAUUCCGAUCCGGUCUCAUGGCUUUCGCCAUGUCUCUCCCUGUCCUUGCAGCUAUCCUCUCCUUUAUCACCUACUCGUUGACUGCACACAACCUUCAAGCCGCCACUGUUUUUUCUGUCAUUACCUUGUUCCAGCUCAUGCGAAUGCCCUUGAUGAUUUGGCCCAUGUCCCUAUCAGCUUGUGCCGACGCCUUGACGGCGCUCAAGCGACUCGAGGUGGUCUUUGACGCCGAAGUUUUGACCGAAGAGCGAGUUAUCAAUCCCAACCAAGCCGACGCAGUCAAGAUCACGCACGCUUCGUUCCAGUGGGAUGCCGCUCCAUUUGUCGAUGAUGGAUUGCUUAAGAAGCUUGAGGGUAAAGUCGGAAAGGACGGCAAGAGUCGAAAAGCCUCCAUCGCAGACAUGAAGGCUGGUGGGAAGAAAUCCAAGUCCAAGAAACUCUUCCGUUUCAACAAGAAGACCAAGAAAGUCACUUUGGCCGAAGAGGCUCAUACCGAGAUGGUCGGUGAUCAGCCAAAUCUUGCCGAAGCCGGAGCAGGUGGACUUGUGCCGACGGCCACGGAUGCGCUCGACGAGGCGUCCGGUAGCACACCUUCCGACUCUAUCUUUGAGGUCCGCGAUAUAGAUCUCUCUAUUCCGCGCGGUUCGCUCACCGCGAUCGUCGGACCGAUUGGAAGUGGUAAAUCCAGUUUGCUUCAAGGACUCAUGGGCGAGAUGCGACGAACGGAAGGAAAAGUCUCGUUUUCCGGUCGUACAUCUCUCUGCUCUCAGACGCCCUGGAUUCAGAAUGCCACUGUGAGGGAAAACAUUUUGUUUGGCCAAGAAUGGGACGAAGAGCGUUAUUGGGCGGCUGUCCGAGACUCAUGUCUCGAGCCUGACCUCGAAUUGCUCGAGGACGGUGAUGGUACCGAGAUUGGCGAGAAAGGUAUCAAUUUGUCAGGAGGUCAGAAGCAGCGUGUCAACAUCGCUCGAGCGAUCUACUUCAACGCCGAUAUCAUCGCCUUGGAUGACCCUCUUUCCGCUCUGGAUGCUGGAGUCGGCAAAGCUCUCUUCUUUAAUGCGAUUGUCGGAGCUUUGUCUGGCAAGACUCGAAUCUUGGUCACCCACGCUCUCCACUUCUUGCCCUACGUCGACAACAUUGUCGUGAUGAACGACGGUCGAAUCUCGGAGCAGGGAACAUAUAACGAGCUCAAAGCAGCUGGAGGUGCCUUUUCUCGAUUGAUCCGAGACUUUGGUGCCGAUGAUGAGCACGAGGCCCAGGACGAAAAGGAGGAAGACGCCAUUGAAAGGAGUAUGCCUGCGAUCAAGCACGACCGAUCCAAGAUGAUCGCACAGGGUACCGUCAAGUCUCUGAUGCAGGACGAAGAGCGAAAUUCGGGAGCACUGAAACGUGGAACGUACGGCAACUACUUUAAAGCCGGUCGAGGUCACUACAUGGUUCCCUUGUUGAUCGGAGCCGUCGUGCUUUAUCAAUGCUUCUUCGUCAUCACAUCGUACUGGUUGGUCUGGUGGCAGGAACACAAAUGGCACCAACCAAAUGCUUUCUACAUGGCUAUCUAUGCUGGUCUAGGUAUCGGUUCAGCCUUUGCCAUGUUCCUUCAAGGAUACACCAACGCCGCCAUCAAUUAUUUCGCCUCGGUCACUCUCUACAGAAACGCCAUUCAGAGGGUCAUGUUCGCGCCUCAGUCAUUCUUUGAUACGACGCCAUUGGGUCGAAUCAUGAACCGAUUCUCGAAAGACGUCGACACGAUCGAUAACACCCUGUCCGACGCCAUGCGAAUGACAGUCAGCACACUUGGAUCUAUCAUUGGAGCGACCAUCCUGGUAGCUAUCAUCAACCCGUACUUUUUGCUCGCUGUGGCCUUUGUCCUCACCCUUUACGCUCACAAUGCUCAAUUUUACCGACGAAGCGCGAGAGAGUUUAAGCGUAUCGACUCGAUUCUUCGAUCAUCUCUCUAUUCCCACUUUUCUGAAUCUCUCAGUGGUAUCGCCACCAUUCGAUCCUACGGUGAAUCUGAACGGUUCUGUGAGGACAAUAUCAAGCGAAUGGACAUUGAAAACCGGGCGUACUACCUGACCAUCAUCAAUCAGCGAUGGCUUGGUAUCCGAUUGGACAUGCUUGGAUCCCUACUCACGUUCACCGUCGCCAUUAUCAUCUGUACAGCUGAUAUCUCACCGGCCAAAGGUGGUCUGGCCUUGUCGACUAUGAUCACCGUUCAACAGUCCUUCUCAUGGUUGGUGCGACAGAUCGCCGAGGUUGAAAAUGACAUGGUCGGUGCCGAACGUAUCAUGCACUAUGCCAACGAAUUGGAGCAAGAAGCACCUCACGAGAUCAAAGAGACCAAGGUUGCCACUUCUUGGCCCAGUCAAGGUGCUAUCGAGUUUGACAAUGUCAAGAUGAGAUACCGUGAAGAAUUGCCCGAGGUUCUGAAGGGUCUCACCAUCUCCGUCAAGGCCAAUGAAAAAAUUGGCGUGGUCGGACGAACGGGAGCUGGAAAAUCCUCCAUUAUGGUUUCGUUAUUCCGAAUGUGCGAGCUUUCUAGCGGUCGGAUCACCAUUGACGGCGUGGAUAUCUCCGAGAUUGGAUUGAACGAUCUCCGAUCAGGCAUGAGUAUCAUUCCACAGGACCCCUUGUUGUUCAGUGGAACUCUGCGAUCGAAUAUCGACCCUUUCAACACCAAGAGCGAUAUCGAGCUGUACGAUGCGCUUCGACGAGCUCAUCUGGUCCACUCUGAGACUGCUCGGCCUAGUAUUCAGCUGCCUUCUGGCGCAGUCACGCCCACGGCCCAAGGUUCUCAGACACCCGGUCAAAGACGAUUCACACUAGACAUGGCGAUCGAAGAGGAAGGUGGCAACUUGUCCGUCGGAGAGAGAUCUCUUGUAUCUCUGGCCCGUGCCCUCGUCAGAGGAACUAAAAUUCUGGUCCUGGAUGAAGCUACUGCUUCAGUCGACGUCGAGACAGAUGCCAAAAUUCAAUCGACUAUCAGAGAACAAUUCGGAGACAGGACUCUCUUGUGUAUCGCGCAUCGAUUGAGGACUAUUCUAAGUUACGAUAGGAUCUUGGUCAUGUCGGAUGGUCAGGUCGAGGAAUUCGAUACGCCGUUCAACUUGUUCUUGGCCAAUGGCUUCUUCACUGAAAUGUGUCACAAGUCUGCCAUCACCAUUGAGGAUAUCAAAGCUGCAGCGCAGCUACGGUUCUAGGCGCAAAGAGGAUUUAAGGGUAUAAUCUGCAUACGACAAGGGUGAAGAAGGUAGAUAUGCUGUAGCUUUCGCCGGAUUUGGCAUGCAUUGGUAUAGGUGUUC